AUGAUUUUCCCGCUUUACGAUACCCUCUGGAUAUUUACGAUACCCUCUGUUAUUACUGCCCCACCAUCAUCUCCAGUAUUAGAUACAAGUGACAUUCGCAAAGGGCCAAUGAAUAUCUACAACCUUAAUGCCAUAAUCCGGGCCCAAAUCAAACAUCUGCGGAAAGCCGUGGACCGGUCCUUGCAACUGUCUCGUCAAAGAGCUGCAGCACGGAAGCUGGCCCCCGUGAUCGAUAAAGACAAGGAAGACCUGAUGGAAGAGAUCCUCGAACUCAGGUCCCUACUGAGCACCAAACGGGAGCAGAUCGCCACACUGAGGGCGGUGCUGAAAGCCAGCCAACAGAAGAAAAACAAUCCUGAUACUUUCAGUCUGAGCUGGUUCCUUGA